AUGAUUCCUAUGGACAUACUCCUGAGUAUUGCCUUCUUCUCCCAGACAGGAAUUGGGAUUCAGGGAAACCUCUUCCUACUUUAUCUCUUCAGCUUUCUUUUCUUCACUGGUCAGAGUCUGAGGCCAAUAGAUUUGAUUCUCAGCCAGCUGGCUUUGGCUAAUUCCUUGGUGCUUCUCUCCAAGGGAUUCCUUCAGGGACUGGCAGCUUUGGGUCUGAAAAAUUUACUGGAUGACAUUGGUUGUAAAAUUGUCUUUUACCUUCACAGAGUAGGUCGAGGGCUUUCCCUCUGCAUAACCUGUGUUCUGAGUGGUUUUCAGGCCAUCAACAUCAGUCCUCAGAACUCCAGGUUCAUGAAGCUUAAAACCAGAGUCCCAAGAUACAUUAUCCCCUCUAUUCUCCUGUGCUGGAUUUUCCCCAUGCUGCAAAAUAUUAGUAUUCUUGAGAAACUUGAAGGACCAAGGAGCACCAGAAACACUUCAGAAACAAAUAUAUAUGGAUACUGCUCUGUGAAUGCUACGACUCCUAUUAGUACCUCACUCCAUGGAGUUGUCUUCUCCCUCCCUGAUGCUGUGUGUAUGACUUUCAUUAGCUUUACCAGUGGCUACAAGGUUUACCUCCUACACAAGCACCACAAGAGAGUUCAACAGCUUCACUCUGAUAGCUUUUUUCCUAGAUUCUUCCCAGAGACCAGAGCCACCCAAAUGAUCCUUCUGCUAGUGAGCACCUUUGUCACUUUUUACUUACUUAAUUCUAUUUUGACUGCCUGCAUGCACUCAAUGACACCUAGACCCUGGCUGUUGCAUAGCUCUGCCCUCUUGGCUUCUUGUUUCCCAAUGGUUAGCCCCUUUGUGCUGAUCAGCAGUGACUCACAAAUCCUGAGGUACUACAGGGCUGUCCAUGGUAGAAAAAGUUCUCAACCUGAGAAGUAA